AUUUAAAUAACAUAAACUAAGAUAUCUUUAAUGAAUAAAAUUUAAUUUAAUCUUUCUUUUUUAAAAUUUAAGUUUCUUUUUAUAUUUUAAAAUAACAUAUAUGAUAAAUAAAAUAUUUAUAAAACUUAAAACGAAAUUUUUUUAUAGAUAAUGUGAUCAUAAAAAGGAAGUCUUAGAAAAAUAAGCUUGAUAAUAAAGUAAAUAAUUAAUCUUCCCUUUUAAAAUUGAUCGGUUAUGUUUUUAUUCAACUUUGUACCUAUCAUCACUUUAUUUAAAAAAAAAUUUUUUUUGUAAAUUAGCAUAUACAACUUACUAAGAAAUCAAAAAUAUAUUUACACAUAUAAUAUGAAAAGCCAAACUAAUACAAUGAAUACAAUUUGGUUGAAUUAGAUUAGAAAUAGUUAUACUUGAAUUUGAUGGAAUAUAUGUAACACAAUAUAUCCACAAAAUGAGUAACUAGACAAAUCCAAUUUUUUUUAUAAAAAGUCAAACAUUAAAUAAAAAAUCAUAUAUUUUAUUUAUAAAAUAUUGUGUACAUAUAUAUAUAUAUAUAUAUAUAAUGGAACGACUCAACAUAGUACUAAAUAAAUAUGAAAUUCUCAAACAAUAUUAUUAAUAUAUUAACCAACUAUUAUAAUUAAGUAUUUUUUAUAACAUAUAUAUAUAUAUAUAUAUAAGGUGUCAAAAGACUAUCAUUGUUAUAUUUAUUUAUGUGACUUUGAGUCGAUCCACUUUACUGUACUUUUACUAUUUGAUUCUCAAAACAAAAUAUAUUAAAUUAUACAUAAUCUUACUAAAAUAUAUUUACAAAUCUAAGACAUGAAUCAAACUACAUGAAAUAAAAAAAAUCAAAAUUUUAAUCUCUGUAACUAAAAUAUUUUAGUUGACUCGAAAAAGUAAAUGUUAUCUAAUAUAUCCAAAUAAUAAUCAAACAAUCAAAAUAUUAUAUAUCCAAAAUUGUACAUCUAAUUGACUACUAAAAUAACAUAAUUUUAUUUAAAAUAAAUCAUGCAUUUUGAUUACAAUAUAUAUAACAUAAUAAUUAAAAACAAAAUAUUAAUAAAUUAUUAUAAUAUAUUUACUUUAUAAAUAUUUAUAUCCGUGCAUGAGCACGGAAAAAUCACAAAAUUACAAGCAGCUUAGAAGAUUCCGUUUGAUAUUGAGGCUCUUUCCAUUUGCAAGGUUAUCUAGUACAGUUGUGUUUUCAUUUUCUGGUCUGAAAGGUCCUUAACAAUGGUUUGAUGAGAAAGAAUAACUUUUGUUUUCUUGCAGAUCCAUGACUAGCCGAAAAAACACACAUUGGUGUAGUACGUGCAGACGAGGAAUCCGUCUUCUCCUUGAAGUCUCAAGAGGAGGGGUUUGCAGUUACUGUGGUAACACUUCUCUUGAACGGCUCUAUGAAAAUGUUGAACUUAGCCCUUUUGAUUUUUUCGGAGUAUCCAAUGAACAAAACCGUCCUCGCAACAACAACAACAGGAGAUUGAUUCUUGAAAACCAAUCGAGUUUUCAAGAAUUGUUUAACCGGUUCUCAGCACAAAACCGCCGUGGUCCACCUCCAGCUUCACUAACCGUGAUUAACUCAAUGCCAAAGGUCAAGAUUAGGAAGAAACAUCUCGGUUUGGAUCCGUCUUGUCCGGUUUGCCAAGACCGGUUUGAAGUCGGUGUUAGUGUAGACAACAAGGAAGCAGAUAAGGACCUGAGCUCAGCCCAUGACAUCAAUAUAGAAGCGACAAAGCCCACAAGUAGGCAACGGUCAUAUGGUGAAAAGAAGAAGUGUACGAUGAUGACUGUGCCUAUCCAUAACCAAUUUGAUACUCUCUUAUCUCUACCAGAAGGACAAGAUGGCUUUACAGCUGUGUGAGACAACGGUAUCAAAUUGGACAAAGGCCACAGUCUAGGGUAUUCAUGAGUUCACUAUAAAACCAUGUUGUAAAACACUGAAGAACGUUUUAAGGAAAAUAAAGUAUUAUUCAGUAAAGAUAUACUCGGUUGCAAGAAAGUUGCCGUGUAAACAUAUCUACCAUUCGGAAUGUAUAAUUCCCUGGCUAAUACAGCGUAAUACUUGUCCAGUGUGUCGCAAAGGGCUGCCACAAGACCGGAAUAAUGGCGGGAAGAAUCCUUUGUUUUAUCUCUGGCCGUUUAGCUCCUCUGGUUCGGCCUCAAACACCAGCGGAUCACCUUUUCAUUGAGAUGCUUGUAUAGUUAAUUGUGUCUCAGUCCCUAAGGCUCCAAUCCAUGAAAUAUAUAACUUCUUCUGAUAAAUUGUUGGUUUGAAAAAAAUUACAUGUUGAUGUACAAAAGGGAUUUGGAUUGUAUUUAUAUCGAAUGUAUAAUAUAAUUAUUGUUUGGAUCAAACAUUUGGAAUCA